CUACAGACCCCCUUGUUCCGUGAUCCGGCGCACAUGUAGCUAAUCGAGUGACCUCAGAUUGUCGCAGGACCAAUGCACGCCUCUACAGUCGAACAUUUAUGCAAGCCGGUGAAAAAAUAUUUAUAACACGAUUAAAUACGAACAAAAUUACCUGUGCUUUCAGAAGUUCAAGUACACCAAGUUUUGCUUACCGAACCAGCUGUUAAACGGCGCAAAAGCAGUUGUCCAUGGCUGGAAUCGAAGAGCUAUCCCCGGCUGCGGGCCCAGUCGAAACCCGGCCCCCCGCAGGCGAGAUCGAAGGAGAUGAUGAAGACGAAGAGCUGGACGAAACUCUGGUGGAGAGGCUUUGGGGUCUGACUGAGAUGUUUCCUGACACACUGCGCUCUGCUGCAGAGGUGUCAGCUGGUUGCUCGGUCUCUGUAGCCAAGAAGCUGUACAGUUUCUCCCGCUCAGCCCUGUGGGUUGGCACUACCUCCUUCAUGAUCCUGGUACUUCCUGUAGUGUUUGAGACUGAAAGGCUACAGCUGGAACAGCAGCAGCUACAGCAGCAGAGACAGAUUCUAUUGGGACCCAACACUGGGAUGUCUGGUGGCAUGCCAGGAAUGAUGCCCCCCACUCCAGGGAAAAUGUGAUGGAGACUUCCUUCAGCCAGAAACCAAUCUAGCAAGGAAGAGUGGAAGCUCAGAAGGAGAGACAGAGGAGAAAGAAGAAAAAAAGAAGCUGCAUUCAGUCAGCACGUGUGUUCAUUCCAACAUCCAGGAUUGAUGUUUGAGGGGAUAAGGGGUUAGAGGAGCAUAAUGAUGAUGUCACCUCCUGGAUGUUGCACUAAUGAACGCCUCCCCAUUUGCUGUCUCUCUCACUCAACAUCCUGCAGAGACUGACUUCUGAGCACUGACCUUUUACUUAUUUUUUAUAUUUAGCGAUAUAAAUGUGUUCCAUAGGGGGAGGUGAUUGGAUUGGAUUAUUGAAGAAUGAUUUACUGAGGUUAAAAGGGGUUAGUGUGUGUUUAUGUUUCUGUGUGUGGUCUGAAUGAGUGUUUUCAUGUGGGUGUAUAACUACAUUUUUGGCCUUGGAACGGUUAAAUUCCUGUGUCCCGUUUUUGGAUAUGAGCUCAUACGUCCUCUUUGAAAAAUCAUGGUAGAGCUGACACUAAAAGCAUAAACCUUAUCACAUAAACCACACAGCUGUUCCAGGAGGAUACCUAGGUCAGCUGUUUUUUGUUGCUCCACCUGGUUUACUUUGUCCCAGAAAACCCAGGUAGAGGUGACCUAGUUGGUUCAAUGACCUACUGUAAUGGCUGAUGUCUGGACUGAAGCAACAGAGUCCAGCAGGUCAUAUGGCACUCCCAAGGACUAAGCCAUAGGAUGUUGAUAUGUCUGUCAUUGUUAGCUAGUG